CACUGGAAUAUUACGAGAAAUCACAUAAAAUCUAUGAAAAAGCUCUGCCUCCGCCACAUCCGGAUUUGGCUACUUCGUACAACAACAUCGGCCAAUUAUAUGGAAAAACGGAAGAGUACUCGAAAGCACUUCCACUUCUAGAAAAAGCACUUGGUAUCUGGCGAAAGUCACUUCCGCCAACACAUCCGAAUAUUAAAAUCGUGAUGAAUGCUAUUGAUCGUGUGAAAGAGAAGUUGUGA